AUACGCAUGCUCCUGUAGCUCGCUGUACAGUGCGUGGUUCUGUGCUUUUCCUCCCACACCAUAGAGAGGAAGAGCUGGAGUGGCCUGGCAGUUUAUCAGCGGACGGUACCAUAGAGAAGUCGUUACGUAGGAGCCAAGUCUAGAGAAACGUCUGUGCGGCCUGGUGCCCGGCAGUUCAGGACAGAGCACGGGAGGUGUGAAACCCUCCCUCUGUCCAGGACAAGCCUUUCCUACUUUUGUCUUUACAAAUCACCCCGAAAUUGCCAGAUAUUCCACCAAAAUGCCAGCUGCCGUGGUCGACAACAGUCAAGUGAUCUGUGAGGUUUGGGCCAUUAACCUGGAGGAGGAAAUGCGUAAGAUAAGAGAGCUUGUCCGCACCUAUGGAUACAUUGCAAUGGACACAGAGUUUCCUGGUGUGGUUGUGAGGCCGAUCGGGGAGUUUCGAAGCACUAUAGAUUAUCAGUACCAGCUCCUGCGCUGCAAUGUAGAUUUACUAAAGAUUAUACAGCUAGGUCUCACAUUCAUGAAUGAGAAAGGGGAGUACCCACCUGGAACCAACACGUGGCAGUUUAACUUCAAAUUUAACCUCACGGAAGAUAUGUAUUCUCAGGACUCCAUUGAUCUGCUGGCUAAUUCCGGCCUUCAGUUCCAGAAGCAUGAAGAUGAAGGUAUCGACACUCUGACUUUUGCAGAGUUACUCAUGACCUCUGGAGUGGUUCUGUGUGAUAAUGUGAAGUGGCUGUCAUUCCACAGUGGCUAUGACUUUGGAUACAUGGUGAAGCUUCUAACAGACUCUCGGCUUCCAGAAGAGGAACAUGAAUUUUUCCAUAUAUUGAAUCUUUUCUUCCCAUCCAUUUAUGAUGUCAAAUAUUUAAUGAAGAGCUGCAAAAAUCUCAAGGGUGGUCUUCAAGAGGUGGCCGAUCAGCUAGAUCUGCAGAGGAUCGGUCGACAGCAUCAAGCAGGGUCUGACUCUCUUCUAACCGGCAUGGCAUUCUUCCGUAUGAAAGAACUAUUUUUUGAGGACCAUAUUGAUGAUGCCAAGUACUGUGGACGCCUGUAUGGACUGGGGACAGGAGUGGCCCCCAAGUCGAACGAGGAGGCAGAGGAGAAAAUAAGCAUCAUGUCUCUCAUAAACAAUGGACAGCAAUGAGAUGCCUAGCACUUGGCUUCCUAUCUCCUGAGAAUGAGCUACAUCAUCUUCCUAUAUUCUCCAUGUCUUGCAGAGAUCUUUUUGGCUCAUAGCUUCCACAUAGCAAUGUUCAGAGCCAGCUGUACAGUAAACGGCUGUAGAGAUGCCUAUGUAUACAAUUAUUGUGCCAGAUAUGUCACAUUUUCAUUCUUUUAAAACUUUUAUUCAAGACGUCAGCAUCUUACAAAAAAAAUAAAUGCAAACGUAGUAAUCCUCAAAAACGACCACUUCUCCACACGUGACCAAAUUUGUGGGCUGUGGCUUAUACGGACACCUUAACCCUUUGCUCAUCCUUCUGCAGUUGCAGACACUUUCUUUGCUUUUAGUGUGGGUGGUUUAACUGCAGCAUUGUGAGAAUCUCUUUGACCAGGUCAGUGUUUGUCCUCAUUGCUUCCAUUUCUGCAAAGCUUAAGCACCUUUAAAGAGGAUCCCCUCUGUCUCUUCUGUCCUGGCAGGGGAAUGUAGCCAUUGACUCUUCAUUGGUUAUGCAUUCCUGUGCAGUUCCAGCUGCUUCAGCUUAGUUGUGGUAUUGUGGCAUAUGUCAAUUGCUAUGAUAUUCACUAUUCAGGUAUGUUAAUAGCUGCAUUGGACAUUGCAGUGAAUAUCCAACUGCAUUUUUUUUGCCUGCACGCCCCAAAAAAGACUGCAGAAGAACCCAAUUAAUAUUCUCUUAACGUAACAAAUAUGGCCUUCACAAGAAAAUUCCAAGAGCAGGGGCGGUCUGCAGAAGGUAAAUCUAAUAUUCUAAAUGUGAUGCUGUUCUCUUGGUCCAAUUGACAAUCUCCAGACUGUGUUCAGAUAAUUAGAUUAUCGAUAAAAUUGGAUAUUUUCCUAAAAUACUCGACCUCAAACUUCAAUUUCUGUGCAUUAAUGGAGACAUAAGCAAAGGUAUGGGUCUUACUAACUUGGAUAUUAGCAUGCAAAUUUGAUUUGAGACACAUUACAGUGAAACACCAACUUCACAACCAUUUUUUAUUGCUUCAGUGCAUUUAAAAUGAGGAAAAAAAAAAAAGUCUUAAGCCUCAUUCACACGUCAGUGUUCGGUCAGUGAUUUUCAUCAAUGAUUUUGAGCCAAAACCAGGUGCGGCUCUAAACUGAGAACAGGUGCAGAUGCAGAUCUUUCCCUUAUACCUUAUGUCUGUGGAGGCUCCACUUCUGGUUUUGGCUCGAAAUCACUGAUGGAAAUCACUGACCAAACACUGAUGUAUGACUGAGGAACUAACUGAAAUCUUAUACCACUUCAAUGCAGGACUGUGAUUCCAAGGUAACAGAAACAGUGUAGCUGAUUCUUCUAAUUGCCAUCAGUCUGUAUCCUAUGUGUUGCUUAUCUACAAAAUGUAUGUUAGUGAAAUGGAGAUGUUUAAAAGAGUAUAUUACUGCAGGAUCAGACUACAAAGGGUUUGUUUGUUGUCUGUUACCAUGGAGACACAAGUCUGCAUAGGAGGUGCAGACACAACAUUAACAUUAAGGCCAUUUGCAAAGUUACUUCUUUCAUUUUAGGUGUUCUGGUACAAUAAAAAAAUGAUUGCAAAGUUGGACCUUUGGUAAAAGCUUAUGAUACCUGCCCUUUUAAUAGUGAAGGUGACCAUGUGGGGUCAAACCAGUGUGCAUUAUCAUCUUUGCUGUGCUUCGUUGGAGUCACAGGUAAUGUAAUGUGUCUGCGAUGUCAGCAGUUACCUGGGAAUUUUCUUUUUCUGUUUUUUGGUUACGGAUAUUAAAUCAGCUGACAAAAUGGCGGCCUGUUAUGUGUUCACAUUUGCACACAGUCUCUGUACAAGAAACCAAGUAUAUAACCUUCAAUAAAAAGAUUCUGACUUGCUGAAUGAAGUGUAAAUAACAUUCACUUAAAAAAAAAAAAAAAAGGCAUAAAAUGCAUUGUAAUUUAGUAUUUCUACUGUGCGUCUAGAAUACCCGAAGCAAAUGUUUUAUUUUUAUUAAUGGCGAGUUCCAAGCCUAGAUGCUUUGGUCUCCUCCCGCCAUUUUAUGCCCUAGGGAAAAAAAAAGCCUCCAACCUUUUUAAUGUGGAAUGUAUCCUUUAUUAUUUUUUUUAUGAAUGUGUAUAUGGAGUCCUGACAUGAGAGCAAACACUGCCCUGUUACUUAUGUCCCUGUAAAAUAAAAAUAUAUAAUAAAUAACUGAAAGCAUUGGAAAAAAAAAAAACACGGGUUUCCUGUAAGUCUUGCAGUUUUACCCCAGCAGGUUUUGUAAUCUGUCUCAAUUGAUGUAAGCUGGAGUUUAAGACGCUUGUAAAUAUUAUUUAUGUUUUUAAAUUUGUAAAAUAAAGAUGUUUCAUUUUG